AUGACCGUCGACAAGCGGCCUCGCAAGGCCUAUAUCGCCUUGGGAAGCAAUCUUGGCGAUCGCAUCGCCGAGAUCGAAAGGGCGUGUCGUGAGAUGGACGCCAGGGGUAUCACGGUCAAGCGGACGAGCAGCCUGUGGGAGACCGAGCCCAUGUAUGUCACCGACCAGGACCGCUUUGUCAACGGAGCUUGCGAGGUUGAAACCACCUUGGAGCCUCUUGACUUGUUGGACCAGCUUCAGGACAUUGAGAAUUCCAUGGGCCGCAAGAAGGUGAUCGACAAGGGGCCAAGGAAUAUCGAUCUUGAUAUUCUCCUCUACGAGGACGAAGUUGUUCAUCACGACAGACUCAAAAUUCCCCACGUGGGCAUUCCAGAGAGAGAAUUCGUGCUCCGCCCUCUGGCAGAACUCAUCCCUACCAAGGCAAUAUAUCCAAAGAACCCUUGGAAAUUCACCCAGGACUACCUGAACGAGCUCCCGCCGUCAUCGCCACCGCUGACAACGCUCACCCCGUUGUCUGUCUCUCAGCCGCCUCUGCAGGCCUGCAAGCCCUCUCGCAAGACCCACGUCAUGGCCAUCCUGAACAUGACCCCUGACUCCUUCUCAGACGGUGGUCUGCACCCAGCCUCACCACAGCCCACCCUCGCAGACACCAUCCGGUCCUUUGUCGAGUCCGGGGCCACCAUGAUCGACGUCGGCGGGCAGUCCACCGCGCCGAACCGCCCCGAGGUCUCCGCCGCGGAGGAGCUGGCCCGCGUCCUGCCUGCCAUCAAGCUGAUCCGGUCCAUGCCCGAGGCGAAGGACGUCCUCAUCAGCGUCGACACGUACCGCGCCGCCGUGGCCGAGGCGGCCUCCGAGGCUGGCGCCGACAUCAUCAACGACGUGUCGGCCGGCGCCAUGGACCCUGAGAUGCUUCCCACCGUGGCGAGGCUGGGCAAGACGGUCUGCCUGAUGCACAUGCGCGGCACGCCGGCCACGAUGAGCAGCCUGAACGACUACAGCGGCAGCUCCGGCAGCGAGAGCGACGGCCCCGCCGGGCUCACGGGCGACGGGCUCAUCCCGGCCAUGGCGCGGGAGCUGCUGGAGCGGGUGGCGGCGGCCGAGGCGGCGGGCGUGCGCAGGUGGCGCAUCGUCCUGGACCCGGGGCUGGGCUUCGCCAAGCUGGGCGAGCAGAACCUGUCGAUCCUGCGGCACCUGCACGAGCUGCGGGCGUGGCCCGGGCUGCAAGGGCUCCCGUGGCUGGUGGGCUCGAGCAGGAAGAGCUUCGUCGGCAAGUUCACGGGCGUGGCGCGGCCGGCGGACCGCAUCUGGGGCACGGCGGCGACGGUCGCGGCGGCCGUCGAGGGGGGCGCCGACAUCGUGAGAGUGCACGACGUCAAGGAGAUGGGCCAGGUCGUGAGGAUGUCAGAUGCCAUCUGGAGGUACUAG